AUGUUGCCAGAUAAUUCAAAUAUUUCAUGGGUUCUUCAACAAGUUGGUGAUAUUCAGCUCGAAAAUCGUCUGCGAACUGCACCAAAAUCUAAUGAAGUUGAAAUAGCUGUCAAAGCAACCGGCAUUUGCGGUUCUGACGUUCAUUAUUGGGUUCAUGGUCACAUUGGUGAUUUUAUAGUAAGGGAACCAAUGGUUUUAGGCCAUGAAUCCUCUGGCAUUGUGACAAAUGUCGGAAGAGACUGUAAAACUUUAAAAGUUGGUGAUCAAGUCGCAAUUGAACCUGGCGUACCUUGUUAUACUUGUCAUUUUUGUAAACAUGGCCAAUAUAACUUGUGUAAAGAUAUGAAAUUUGCUGCAACUCCGCCAGUUAAUGGUUCACUUUGCCAAUAUUAUUAUUGUCCGGAAGAUUUUUGUGUAAGAUUACCAGAUAAUUUUCCAUCAUUAGAAGAAGCAGCAUUAAUUGAACCGUUAUCGGUUGGAGUUCACGCAUGUAAAUUAGCGGAACUUAAAGUAGGUCAAACAGUAAUGAUAUUUGGUGCCGGAACCGUUGGAUUAUUAGCAGGAGCUGUAGCGAAAGCAUCGGGAGCCAUUAAAGUCACAAUGGUUGAUAUAAAUCAAUCUAGGUUAAAUUUUGCAAAAAGCUAUGUAGCCAAUGAAAUCGUAUUAGCAGAAAGUAUUAUUCCUCAAGGUUUAAAUUCAAUCGAUUUUUCUAAAAUGUUUUCACAAAAAUUAUUGGAAUCAGGUGUUGAACAAGCUGAUGUUGUAUUAGAAUGUUCUGGAGCUGAAACUUCUAUUCAAACUGGUAUUUAUAUGACUAAAUCAGGAGGAACUUUUGUGCAAAUUGGAAUGGGUAAGAAUGUUGCGCCAAUUCCAAUGGUCGAUAUUAUAGUUCGUGAGAUUAAAAUUAGGGGAUCUUUUCGUUAUUGUAAUACUUACAAAAAGGCUAUACAAUUAGUUAGCGCUGGAUUAAUUAAUUUGAAGCCUCUUAUAACUCAUAGAUUUAACUUCCAAAACGCUGUAAAAGCUUUUGAAACAGUUAAAGAAGGAAAUGACGGUGUUAUCAAAGCAUUGAUUUUAGGAAUGGAGUGA